GUUUUUCUUAAAUGAUGUCAUGACCUCCACCCACACAGCGGGCUGAUCCUGGUGAAGAGCGCUGUGUGGAGUCAUUCUGUGUGAGUGCCUUUACAAUCAAGUAAAAGGUGACGGAUCAAGGAUCAUCAUCAUUUGAAGGAAUUACUCUUUGUUAAAUCCAGAUCUGGAGGAUUUAUUCUUAGACUGUGGGCUUCUAAUCUUACCUGUCACACUCGAGUGGUGAGAUAUUGAACAUCUAGAAGCUCCGGGACAAGAAGCAACUACCUCACUACUUUUUUAAAAAAAGGUUUGCAUGCCAUGCAGCCAUCUGCUUUUUUCCCAAAUGCCUCCUCCUACGUGGGCCCGCACGGGGAACCCCCUCUGUCACGCACCGGCUUCAUUGUGCUCUCCAUCAUCAUGGCCUUUUUCACCGGUCCUGCCAUCAUACUCAACGCUACAGUGAUCAUUGUGUCCCUCAUGCACAAGCAGCUGAGGCAGCCGCUCAACUACGCUCUGGUGAACAUGGCUGUGGCUGACCUGGGCACAGCUAUGACUGGAGGGGUGCUGUCUGUGGUCAACAACGCCCAGGGGUACUUCUCCCUGGGAAGAACAGGCUGCGUGAUGGAGGGCUUUGCUGUGUCCUUGUUUGGCAUCACAUCUCUGUGCACAGUUGCUCUGAUCGCAGUGGAGAGGAUGUUUGUUGUAUGUAAGCCGUUGGGGCAGAUGACCUUCCAAAAAAAGCAUGCAGCUGGAGGUAUUGCCUUAUCCUGGCUGUGGUCCCUCACCUGGAACUUGCCUCCCCUGUUUGGCUGGGGCAGGUAUGAGCUGGAAGGCGUCGGGACGUCCUGUGCACCAGACUGGCACAAUCGAGACCCUAAAAUUGUCUCCUACAUCCUGGCUUACUUUGCAGUGUGUUUCGCACUUCCCUUUGCUGUCAUCGUGGCAUCUUACACAAAACUGAUGUGGACAUUACACCAGGUGUCAAAGCUGGCCUGUCUGGAAGGUGGUGCAGUAGCUAAAGGAGAGGUGAAGGUGGCAUUCAUGGUGGUUCUGAUGGUCCUGACAUUCCUGAUCAGCUGGUUGCCUUACGCCACCCUGGCCAUGGUGGUGGUCUCCAACCCUGAUGUGGAGAUUCACCCGCUGGUGGGCACGGUGCCUGUUUACCUGGCCAAGAGCAGCACUGUGUACAAUCCUCUCAUCUACAUUUAUCUCAACAAACAGUUUCGUAAAUAUGCAGUGCCCUUCCUGCUGUGUGGUAAAGAUACCUCUGUGGACGAUGAGGCAUCAGAGGUGACGAUGACUGCGGAGACUGCAACCAUUAAAGUGUCUCCUGCUUAA